AAAUAUCCAUAAUCCGGCCUAUUCAAACAUCACAAAGAUUUGAGUUUUCUUUUCAGGGCUAACAUAGUUCUUAGUGUACCUGCAUUAACAGACUCAUGCUGCUUUCUGCAGCCAGGACAAUGUCCAUGCUUCGAGUAUCUUCUCGUGACCUCUGUUACAUGGGUUCGGGAGCUCAUAUCCAACACGGGUAUGUGUUUGAUUGUCCGACUUGACUAAACUAUGGAAAAAGGCGAUAUUUUCUUUCCAAAAUAAAGUGGCUAGAACAUGAUAUAUUUUAUAGCUUUCUCUAGUAUUUGGAGUAGAAACUAAAGUAUAUUUUACACUACCAAUUAAUCCAAUAAAGUUUUUAAUGCUUAAUUGAUGAAAAUGCUUUAUGAGGUUGAUGAAGAUUCUAGUGAUAACUAUUCUUAUGUAGGCAGUAGGCGAUUAUAAUGCUAAUGAUGAAGAUUUAGAUACUAGAUAGUCCUCAUGAACACGAGGAUGUACCUAAUGCAAAUUUUCUUAAUAAUAAUCAUGAGCAUAACCGUAUCAAUGCUCAUAUUUAGAAGCGAAGCUAGGAUUUAGGUAUGGAGGGGCCAAAUUUUUCAUAUUAACAUAAUAACAUCACAAAAAGAAUUUUAGGUGAAGGAAUUAAAAAAAACUACAUUAAGUGUUUAAUCCAUUUGGUUAUAUUGACAAGAAGACCACUAGGUAUUAUGACUUAAACAUAGUUAUUAUAAAUAUUUGUGGAUCAAAUAACUCAUAUAUACUACACUUUUUGUAAUUUUUCGAUUGAGUUGUGAUAGAUCUUUGUCCUAAGAUAGCUCCCCUUUACCCCUAUGGUUCAUAAGAAAUAUGAUGCGAAAUGCAAAAUGCUCUGACGGAUGCAAUCACGAUAGCGGCACAAUGAUGUGAUAACAAAGUGAUGCGAACGUAUCACCAAAUAUGAGCCGAAAGCACAAGAAAUCCUCGAAACAGGUUCAAGACAUAGUUUCUUUACACCUUUACAACGCGUAAAAUAUCAGUUCGUUUCAUUUGAAAUCUAUGCCGCAACCGAAUUUUGCACACUUUGUGAUGAUGAUGAUGAUGGUUGGCAUCUUGAUCAAAAGGAAGUCAUUGUUCAUCAAAAUAACAUGAUGAUGAUGUGAGUGAUAAUGGUGCAAAGAUGAUCAUAUACAUCCAAAGAGCAGCCAAUAUUAGUGUGUUGACCAGGUGUAUUGUGGGUGAGCUACCAGCUUCUCCUUUCACACGCUCGCAAUGGCGUUGAAUUCUUUAAUCAACUCAUGCACCUUUAAUGCUUAUUUCCCUCCCUUCAUUUUCAUUACUUUAAUCCUUCAAAAUUUUCAAUAAUAAUACAUUCCAUCCUCUUCCUUAUUAAUAUCACCUCUCUUUAUCCCUUUCCUCCAACUAAUUACUAAUUCUUAAUUACCAUUUCUAAUCUUGUUUUGAUUUCCUUAAUCCCUCUACAUAACCUUUGAUUACUUGCUAGUAGUUAGUACUACUAAGUACUAAUUAAACCCUUGAACUAUCAAAAAACCAACGUUCUUUUUUCUUGAAUGUCCUAGACUUCUUAGAAAAAACUCACAAAGAUUGAGAAGGCGAGGAAGAUCAAAGAAGAUCUUGACAUUAUGGGUCGAAUUCCAUGCUGUGAGAAGGAAAAUGUCAAGAGAGGACAAUGGACUCCCGAAGAAGACAAUAAACUGUCAUCUUACAUCGCUCAACAUGGCACACGAAACUGGCGUCUAAUACCCAAGAAUGCUGGUCUUCAAAGAUGUGGUAAGAGUUGUAGGCUUCGAUGGACCAACUACCUGAGACCAGACCUUAAGCAUGGACAAUUCUCGCAAGCAGAAGAAGAAACCAUCAUGAAACUUCAUGCAGUUGUGGGCAAUAGAUGGUCACUAAUAGCUGCACAGCUUCCGGGUCGAACAGACAAUGAUGUAAAGAACCAUUGGAACACAAAACUUAAGAAGAAACUAACAGGAAUGGGAAUCGAUCCUGUUACACACAAGUCAUUUUCCCAUCUAAUGGCAGAAAUUGCUACAACCUUAGGACCUCCACAGGUUGCUAAUCUAACAGAAGCAGCCUUAGGAUGUUUCAAGGAUGAAAUGCUUCACUUGCUCACCAAAAAACGCAUCGAUUUUCAGCUACAACCAACCACUUCACAGGGUAAUAAUAUGAAUCCUACAUAUAUCAUGAAUACUAAGCCAGAAGCUAAAGAAGAUUAUGUAGAAAAGAUCAAACUUGGGUUAUCAAAAGCUAUACAACAACCAGAUCAUAUGAUGAUGUCAAAUAACCCAUGGGAACACAAUGUAGGAAUAGCAGCAACAUCAGCUCAAGUUAAUCCAUUUUCCGGAUUUCAGUAUGGUCAUUCUGCAUUUGGGGCUGAAGAAGAUGGAUCACCAUGGAACCAAAGCAUGUGUUCUACAGCAGGAGAUCAGUUAGGACACUUGAAACUCGAAGACGAAAAUGGCGAAGAGUCUCAAGGAGGAAAGGACACAAGGAAUGGUAACAAUAUAUUCAGUACUGAUAGUCUUCUAUGGGAUCUACCAUCGGAUCAUGAUCUUAUGAACCCGAUUGUCUAGCGAAUCAUGGGUUAACUUAGUGAUUUGAUUUUCACCGCUUACAGAAAUAAAAAGUUAUUUUUAUUGUAAUU